CUUCCAAGUUCUCUACUGCACAAAGAUUCUGAUUUUGAAAGCGGAAUUACAUGUAACGCAUCCCGAGGAUCUUGCUGUUUUCGGCAUGAGAACUAUCUGGCCUUCUUUCCCUUCCUCUUUGGUUCUUCCCCGAUUUGAGGCUCCCGACUCCUAAAACUCUACCUGGUUUACGUUAACGCUUCGAGUCAAGUUUCUCAAAUCUCAGGUUCCAUUCCAUUCUCCUGGGUUUACUGUUAUGAUGAUGCUGUGACAGUCGAAUGAAGAAUCAAUAAGUUGGUGGAUUGAAGAUUAUUCAUUCAGUGAGCAAAAAUAUGUCGAAUACGGUCGAUACUGCCAACAUUCUGGAGCUUUCUAGGGAGCUUGACAAGUUGAGGAAAGAGCAGGAUGUGUUUCUGGUUGAGAUCAAUAAACUCCAUAAAAAGCUUCAAUCCACUCCUGAGUUGGUUGAGAAAUCAGGUGAUGACCUGUUGGGGAGGCUUCGGGAAUUGUAUCAGAAGGCCAAAGAACUUUCAGAAAAUGAAGUGAAUGUUUCAACCACAUUAAUCAGUGAACUGGAAUCUUUUAUGCAGUCUGUACAUCGCAGAAAAGAUGGAAGUGAACAGAAAAAGAAACGAAUGAAGGCUGAUUCGGAUAUGUCGAGGCUCUCUCCGGCUGGAUCUAUGCGUAACCAACUUGAACUGGCUGCUAGUCUAAAGGGUGAACAGGUAGCAGCUAGGGUCACACCUGAUGGAGCUGAGAAACACGAGUGGUUUGUUGUAAAAGUAAUCCAUUUUGACAGAGAAGCAAAAGUAAUCUUGAUGAUGACAGUGGUACUUUAUAUACUUUUCAGAAAGUACAAGCUGCCUAUGUCACGCAUUAUUCCUUUUCCAAAGCGAAAUGAUCCUCCUAGUGCUCCAGAUUUCCCUACUGGAAGACAUGUUUUGGCGGUCUACCCUGGGACCACUGCUUUAUAUAAAGCAACCGUUGUCAAUACCCAUCGAAAGAAGAAGACUGAUGAUUACUUGCUGGAGUUCGACGAUGAUGAGGAGGAUGGAUCUUUACCCCAGAGGACAGUGCCCUUCCACAAGGUUGUUCCUCUGCCUGAGGGACAUCGCCAGUGAUAUUCGACGUCCAUUAAAAUAUAUAAUUUUUAGUUUUAUUUGGCUGUUCAGUGUCUUUUCCAGCCAGUUGUACUUACCAUGUAUAUCACGUUUAUGUAUGUUGUAUACUUCUAUUCUCCCUCUAAUAUGCAUUGGUUAAUCCU